AUUAUUAUUAUUUUUAUUAUUCAGUUUUCACUCUGCAGCCGCAUAAACAGUCAGUCUCUAUUGUCUCUUCAUUUUUGUUCUCUAUCUGAUUUCUCUUCUCCCCUUCCCCUUUUCUCAAUAUAUUGAAGAAAUUUCCGAGAAAUUCAUUGUUUUUUAUCGGUUUUUCGACGACCCAGAAGUGGGAGUUGCUUCGAUUUGAAUUGUAUAUGGCAGGAUGCAAGAUUUAUCUGAAGAAAAGGAAAGCAGAUUGGCUUAGCUCCCUAUUGCAAAGCAAAUUUUUUGGUUCUUGUGUUCAUCAUCAAAACAAUAGAAAAAAUGAAAAGAAUGUGUUUUGCAUAGAUUGUGGUAUUGCCAUCUGCAGGCAUUGCUUGAUAUCUCAUUGCAUUCAUAGGCGUUUACAGAUCUGCAAGUAUGUUUAUCAGUACGUCGUUCGUGUUCCCGACUUGCAGAACCAUCUUGAUUGUUGCAAUAUUCAGACUUAUAAGAUAAAUGGGGAGAAGGCUGUUCAUCUGAGUCCCCGGCCACAAUCGAAAGACUCGAAACCAUCGACAAAAUUGAAGUUUGGAGGUACUUGUGAAGCUUGUGGGAGAUACAUACAAGACUUGCCAAACCGGUUCUGUUCGAUCGCUUGCAAAGUCUCUAUGGUUUCAGUGGAACUCAACAAUCAAAGCUGUAGAUGCAUCACAUCAAAGUCGGAUCCGAACGAGAUUUCAUGGAAGGAGAAUCACAAUGUAGAACCCAACACGAGCGAAAUGAAAUCGUCCAUCUCAAUGGCUGAAUCAACUGAAGAGAUCAAAGCAUGGCAAGUGAAGUCAGGUUUGAAUCCAAGGAAGCUUUUGCAUAAAAGGAAGGGCAUCCCACAUCGAUCGCCUUUAAAGUAAUACCGAAACACUAAUUGUGAUAUCAUGAUGAUCAUCUUUGAUACCCCUUAUGCUCCUAAACCCACAUUUUUUGAUAUAUGAAAGUCCUAUAAGCAUAUAGUUAUAGAUAUCUAUAUAUAAUAACAUAUAUUUCACCUCU